CGGCUGAUGUACGGAGGCAAGAUGGAUCUUCAUGGAGGAUUGAUCACUUGGUUGGUUAUGCUGUUCUGCCAAGUAUCUAUCAGCUGCAUCACUGGAUGCAACCCUACUUCCACAAACAAAACUAUCCUCACUGAGGUUUCAAAAGGUUCUAAACCACCAACGAUUAAAGGUCGAACCUCACAAAAUGGAUUGAUUUACAGGAAUAAGGAGCUGAGCAAAAGGGACGUUGAAGAUGCUGCUUUGAAUUUGUUAGGUUCGAACUUUUAUCCCGAGAAUACUAUGGGGAUGAGGAACACACUUGUUCUUGAUGACUUGGGACCAAGAAGAACAAAACGUCUUGAAAGGCAUGAAAGAAGCAAACGGGAGGCUAAUCAACAAUAUACUGCAGAGCCGACCAGUGAACCUGAAUCAGAGCCGACCGGCGAACCAGAAUCAGAGCCAAAUGGAGAACCAGAAUCCGAACCGACUGGCGAACCAGAAUCAGAGCCAACAGGCGAACCAGAAUCAGAGCCAACCGGCGAACCAGAAUCAGAGCCGACCGGCGAACCAGAAUCAGAGCCAACUGGCGAACCAGAAUCAGAGCCAACUGUCGAACCAGAAACAGAGCCAUCUGGCGAACCAGAAUCAGAGCCAACUGGCGAACCAGAAUCAGAGCCAACUGGCGAACCAGAAUCAGAGCCAAAUGGAGAACCAGAAUCCGAACCGACUGGCGAACCAGAAUCUGAGCCAACAGGCGAACCAGAAUCAGAGCCAACCAGCGAACCAGAAUCAGAGCCAACUGGCGAGCCAGAAUCAGAGCCACCCGGCGAACCAGAAUCAGAGCCAUCUGGCGAACCAGAAUCAGAGCCAACCGGCGAACCAGAAUCAGAGCCAUCUGGCGAGCCAGAAUCAGAGCCAAAUGGGGAACCAGAAUCCGAACCGACUGGCGAACCAGAAUCAGAACCAACUGGCAAGCCAGAAUCAGAGCCAACUGGCGAGCCAGAAUCAGAGCCGACCGGCGAACCAGAAUCAGAGCCAACUGCAGAACCAGAAUCAGAGCCAUCUAGCAAACCAGAAUCAGAACUGACCGGCGAACCAGAAUCAGAGCCAUCAGGUGAACCAGAGUCAGAGCCGACUGGCGAACCGGAAUCCGAGCCCACCGGAGAACCAGAAUCAGAGCCAUCAGGCGAACCAGAGUCAGAGCCAUCUGGCGAACCAGAGUCAGAGCCAUCUGGCGAACCUGAGUCGGAGCCAUCUGGCGAACCAGAAUCAGAGCCAACUGGCGAGCCAGAAUCAGAGCCAACUGGCGAGCCAGAAUCAGAGCCAUCUGGCGAACCAGAAUCAGAACCGACCGGCGAACCAGAAUCAGAGCCAUCAGGAGAACCAGAAUCAGAGCCGACUGGCGAACCGGAAUCCGAGCCGACCGGAGAACCAGAAUCAGAGCCAUCAGGCGAACCAGAGUCAGAGCCAUCUGGCGAACCUGAGUCGGAGCCAUCUGGCGAACCAGAAUCAGAGCCAACUGGCGAGCCAGAAUCAGAACCAACUGGCGAACCAGAAUCAGAGCCAUCUGGCGAACCAGAAUCAGAACCGACCAGCGAACCAGAAUCAGAGCCAUAUGGCGAACCAGAAUCAGAGCCGGUUGGCGAACCGGAAUCCGAGCCGACCGGAGAACCAGAAUCAGAGCCAUCUGGAGAACCAGAAUCAGAACCAUCCGUUGAACCAGAAUCAGAGCCAUCUGGCGAACCAGAAUCAGAGCCAACUGGCGAACCAGAAUCAGAGCCAUCCGGCGAACCAGAAUCAGAGCCAUCUGGUGAACCAGAAUCAGAGCCAUCCGGCGAACCAGAAUCAGAGCCAUCCGGCGAACCAGAAUCAGAGCCAUCUGGUGAACCAGAAUCAGAGCCAUCUGGCGAACCUGAGUCGGAGCCAUCUGGUGAACCAGAAUCAGAGCCAUCUGGCGAACCAGAAUCAGAGCCAUCUGGCGAACCAAAAUCAGAGCCAUCCGGCGAACCAGAAUCAGAGCCAUCUGGUGAACCAGAAUCAGAGCCGACUGGCGAACCAGAAUCAGAACCGACCGGCAAACCAGAAUCAGAGCCAUAUGGCGAACCAGAAUCAGAGCCGACUGGCGAACCGGAAUCCGAGCCGACCGGAGAACCAGAAUCAGAGCCAUCUGGUGAACCAGAAUCAGAACCAUCCGGUGAACCAGAAUCAGAGCCAUCUGGCGAACCAGAAUCAGAGCCAACUGGCGAACCAGAAUCAGAGCCAUCCGGCGAACCAGAAUCAGAGCCAUCCGGCGAACCAGAAUCAGGGCCAUCUGGCGAACCAGAAUCAGAGCCAUCCGGCGAACCAGAAUCAGAGCCGACUGGCGAACCAGAAUCAGAACCGACCGGCGAACCAGAAUCAGAGCCAUCUGGCGAACCAGAAUCAGAGCCAUCCGGCGAACCAGAAUCAGAGCCAACUGGCGAACCGGAAUCAGAGCCAUCCGGCGAACCAGAAUCAGAGCCAUCUGGCGAACCAGAAUCUGAGCCAACUGGCGAACCAGAAUCAGAGCCAACCGGCGAACCAGAAUCAGAACCGAGUGUGGAACCCGAAGCUGAAGCCGAGCCAAGCGCAGAACCAGAAUCGGAGUCUGAACCUGAACCUGUUGGCGAAGACUGGCCGGAACCAGGUCCCGACUGGAGCACACUUCCCAAUCUGAUAGGCGUUGCUUUCAAGUGUCACGUUUACAUCUUCGCAAUAUACUUCUCUCUCCUUACGCUGUACGGAAUCCAAAUUCUAAUUGCUCUCAUCUACGAAUUCAAGAAAGGCAACCGGAGUGUCCUGUCCCUUACCUUCAAUACUCUUCUCUUCCUGCUUGGCCUGACUCGAGCUAUAUCGCUCUUGGUCAACCCUUACGGAUCCAUCCAGAACUUGCCUUUAUUGCUUUCCCGCAUGAUGUGGUCAGUUGGCUUCCCUUGUUUGACAGCAGCGAUGACUACAGUUCUCCUGGUCUUGCUAGACACGACAAGGUUGUCUCUCGGUCCACCAAGGUUCCAAAAAUUUUCAACGAUUUCUUUCUGCUGCAGCGGUCACUUCAUAGCGGUCCUUGGCAGCGACUUGCUGGUGUCCUCCUUUGCCGACCUGAAGGUCCUUCUUGUCAUCUGCCAGUUCAUCUACGUUACUUGGAGUGGUUCGUUGGCUAUCGGGUUCUUCAGAGUGAGCUACAAGAUGAAGAAGAAUUUUUCCUCGACGUUCGCAAAGGGAGGAAUGAGAGGAGGCAAGGAGCAGAGAGCAUCUCCGCUGAGGCUGUACCGUAUGGUUAUCUACUGCGGGUUAGCAGCUCUAGCAAGCUGUAUCACCAACCUAUACGGGGCCCUGGGGGUCUUCGGUGUCUACUCAGACCUAGAGUUUGUCGAGGCCUGGCCCUGGUGGAUCUUCCAGACGGCCAUGCGGAUGGAGGAGGUCGCCAUGUCGGCUCUAGUAGUCAUGCUUGCCGGCAAGGCUGGUAAAGACGGCUUUGGGAAAUUCGUUGGGCUCCUCCGCAGAGGUUCUCUUCGGUGCUGGGCCAGACUCCGGAAGGUACGAGCCGGCCGGGUGCGACCAGAAUCAAGAAACGCGUCAUCCCCCGGGCGAUGGGCGACAUCCCGCGGCGGCUCUACAGAGAAGAUGAUGCUUAGCGAUGACCAAUCGGUGACUGUUGGAGUGAGUGCCGUGGCGGAUGCCAUGCAUGCCAUGGAAGGGUCCCAAAUGAAGCUAAUGUACACUGAUAAAAAUCUUCCUGUUGUAGCUGAACUGUGAAUAGCUAUCCCCAUAUGGAGGAAGGUCUAUUCCUUCCAAGAUCUGACCACCUAAUGCGAUAGGGUCGUGAUUACUGUUCAUCUGUGGAAAGUUACCACAAGCAAGUAUUGUACCCUGACUAUAUUCUUCCAGUAUUAGCUGAGUAGGGCCUACCUAAAUAAUGCCAGCGCAGUGGCCAAAAGGACCAUUCCGAAUUUGGCCAUUAGCCCCGCCCACGUUUGUUUCGCACCAUCUGACCACAAAGUCGUUAUCUAAUUGGUCAAUACGCACUGUUUGAUGGACAGUUCAGGAAAGGUUCGCUGUUCCUAAUUUUGUUCCUAAUCCAAUCUGUAUUGACGAAUAUUCUUGACCAAGUACUGAAAUAGGUUGACCAACUUUUUUAAUUGAAUGGUAAAUGACUAAAUUGAUUUUACUACAAGCAUGUGAAAUUCUUCUCCGGCGAAUUGGAAUAUUAGAAUCGGUAAAUUGGAAUGAGAAAUGUUUUGAAAUAGCCGGGAAAUGCUAUACUUAUAUAUAGGAGGUUCAGCAGUGAGUUCCUUU